CGCGGCCACGAGCUGCGUGGAAGUUAUUAUUACCACUACCCAAUCGUAACCCAGCCGCAACCACUUCACCGGCGAUGGGAUCCGCGGCGGCGGACGGCGAGAAGCCCUCGGGCCACCUCGCCCAACCCCUCCUCGGGCAGCCCCAGCCCCAGCCCCCGCACCCGUACUACGCCUACCCCGCCGCCGGCUACGGCUACGCCCCGGCUCCACCUCCGCCUCCCCCGACGCUCGUCCUCCUCCCCCCGUACCCAAUCUUCGUCCGCCUCCGCCGCCUCCGCCCGCGGCGCAUCCCCUGCAUCCCGCGCUUCUCCGCCCGCACGCUCCCGCUCCUCCUCGCCCUCGCGCUCCUCGCCGGCCUCGUUUUCCUCCUCUACCCGUCCGCCCCCGCCGCCCGCGUCGCCGACAUCCGCCUCGACCGCUUCCGCGUCAACCCGCCGCCUUUCCCCGCGCUGGACUUCAACCUCGCGCUCGGCCUCCGCGUCCGCAACCCCGGCUUCCUCCUCCCUCUCCGCUAUCGCGCCGUCUCCGCUGCCGUCUCCUACCGCGGCCGCCUGCUCGGCUCCGGCACUGCGCGCCCCGGAUCCGGCGAGCUCGCGGCGAGAGGGGUCACGUAUGCCUCCUCUGAGGUGUGGGUGGACGCCGGCAGGGUACUGGACGACGUCAUCGAGCUGAUUGGGGACAUCGCCGCUGGGUCUGUGCCGCUGGAGAUAGUGACCGAGGUGGUCGGCGCGAUCAGGCUGUUCCAUUUCAACAUUCCCGUGAAGGGCCUGAUGUCCUGCUCGGUGAAUGUCAGCCCAGACACCCAGAGUAUCAUAAGUCAGGAUUGUUACUAAGAUGAAGCUCUGGCUCUGUUGUUGUUGUUGUUGUUGAGCUUUGGCGCUCUUGAUGUGGUAUGAUGGAACAAUUCAUGUGUGUAGCAGCUACGAUUGAGUUGCGGAGCUGGGUCUGUAUAAGUGGCAGAAUACAUGUUUGUAAAUAGUCUGUAAUGUUUAUUGUACCACCAAAGACCACCGGGUAUAUAUAUCCAACUUAUUAUUAUUGCA